CCCAAGCGGCAGCCCCACAGCCUGAACCGGCGCGAAAGCUUAGAUGAUGGCGGCCGACCUGCCGAUGCAGGACGUCCGCGCGCAAUACGCCGAGCUCAAGGCGACGCUCUCGACGUUCCAGGCGUCCGUCGGCGACUGCCUCGAGCGGGCCGAGGCGGAGUUCCUCCAGGCGUACCGCGCCCACAUGGUCGAGGUCCACCGCGAGCUCCAGCAGCUCCGCGCGCAGCUCGGGAGCGCCGAGGCGUCGCUCCGUGACGACGACGGCGUCCGGGAGCUCGAGGCGAGCGGCGCGUGGUACCGGGGCGAGGCGGCCCAGCAGGCGGCGCACGUGGCGGCGCUGCGGAAGGACCGGACCUACGCGCGCCGGAAGCGGCGUGCGCUCGACGCGGACCGGCGGCACCUCCGGCGGCAGCUGGAGGCGGGCAAGCGCGAGCAGAAGCGCCUCGAGGCGCGCGCGGCGGCGGCGACGACGAGAACGCCGUCGCCGCAGGCGGACGCGGAACGCGCCGUGCGGCCGCCGCCGCGGCGCUGCGUGCCCGGCGACUUCGGCAAGGCGGCGACGCAACACGACACGACGACGCCCACCGGGCGGCUGCGCGCCGACGUCGAGCGGCUCCGCGGAGACGUCGAGGCGCACACGGCCGCCGCGGCGCGGCUCCGCGGCAUUCUCGUGGCCGAGCGCGUCCGCGGCGCCGACUUCCGCGACCUCUACGCGAGCUGCGCCGCCGCCGCGGCGCGCGGCGGCACGAGCGGCGGCCGCGGGUCCGAGGCGCUCGGACGCCUCGGAGAUUUAGUGUUCCCGCCGGCGGCGGCAGCGCCGAGCGACGCCUCGGCCCGGGCGCCGCGCCCUCGCGCGACGCCGCCCGCCGCCGCGGACGACGCCCGCCUCGCGCUCGACGACGACGUUCUGGCGUUCCUUGGAACCGCCGUGCGGCCGACGUAA